AUGAAAGUCGCUAUCGUCUACUACUCCACGUACGGCCACGUCCUUACGUUGGCAAAGUCCAUCAAGGAAGGUCUUGAGUCUUCUGGAAAGGUCUCCCAGGUUGACAUUUUGCAAGUCCCAGAGACUCUUCCAAAGGAGGUUUUGCAGCAGUUGCACGCUCCUGAGAAGCCAGACUACCCUCUUGCAUCCCCAGAGAAGAUCACCGAAUACGAUGCCAUUCUUUUCGGUUACCCAACCCGUUUCGGUAACUUGCCAGCUCAAUUGGUCGAGUUCUUUGGCCAGACUGGUGGUCUCUGGACCUCUGGUGGCUUGUACCGUAAGCCAGUCGGUGUGUUCACCUCUGUGAGCUCUUCUGCUGGUGGCCAGGAAGUCACCAUGAGAAACUUGUUCUCCUACAUUGCCCAUCACGGUAUGGUCUUUGUGCCAUUGGGUUACGGUAAGGCUUUCCCAGACAUCACUAACUUGGAGGAGGUCCACGGUGGUACUCCAUACGGUGCUUCCACUUUUGCUGGCGCCAACGGUUCCAGACAGCCAUCCGAAUUGGAAUUGAGAAUUGCCCACACCCAGGGAGAGACUUUCGCUGUCAAUGCUGCCAAGUUGGUCGCUGCUUCGAAAGCUCCAGCUGCUGCUUCCACUGAGAAGGAGACUCCAGCUGCUGCUUCCACUAAGAAGGAGACUCCAGCUGCUGCUUCCACGAAGGAGGAGACUCCAGCUGCUACCAAAAAGACAGCCCCAGCUGCUGCUGAGAAGAAGAAUGCUGAGUCCACUGACACCCCACCUGCUACUAAAACCACUGAAAAGUCCACUGAGUCUUCCACCCCACAAAGAGUGCAAAACCUGAGCACGCCGAAUGCCAAAGAGGAGAGCAGCUGUGCUAAGUGCGUGAUUGUUUAA